AUGUCCAAUCGUGCCACGUCGUCUGUUGUAUCGAAAGAAGUUGAAUUGAAACGAAAGAGAAAACGAAGUAAAGCAGCAUCCAAAAAGCAAGAAACACGCACUGAUCGUAUUCGUCAAAUGGAUAGUGACAUAAGUCCGGAUGAGGCAAAUGAGCCAAUGCCAAUAAAACGACAGAAAAUAUCUUUGGUACAUUCUUACGCAACGAAACAGUCGAAAACCGAAUAUAAAUGCAACCACUGCAAUAAAGUUAUUCGUUGUGGUGUUGGAACAAAUGCAAAUAUUAGACGUCAUUUGGCAAGAAUGCAUGGAGUUGCUAAUAUCAAAUCGAAAAGUCAUACCAUACGGAAUGGUGGACAAAUUGAUGCUGUUCGAAAAUCUAUUUACCAUGCAGCUGCAAUUAAAGCAAUCGUUGUUGAUGGGCGAUCAUUCAAUGAUUUUAGAAAAAAAGGUAUGGCUAAUUUUCUGUCGAUGAUCCCACCCGGGUAUUUUGGACCGCAUGAAAGAACAGUACAACGUUCUUUGGAGCAUUUGUAUAGUGAGAAGUUAUGCGAAUUACAAAAGAAAUUGAAAGAUAUUCCUUGGGUGUCAUUAACUACGGAUUUAUGGCGACGACCUAAAAAACAUCAUUAUAUGCUGAGCUUUCAACGUUUUCAUGGAAGACAUUUUGCGAAACGUAUUCAAAUUCAUUUAUUACGGAUUGUGAAAAAAUUUGGCCUUCAGUCGAAGAUCAUCGCAACAACUAGUGACAAUGGUAGUGAUAUUCGUUUAGCAACUCAACAACGCCACAUAUUUGGGAUGCGAUUAUAUUGUACAGCUCAUGGAUUGAAUUUGACCGUAAAGAAAGGACUUGGUUUAUGGGAAAGAAAACGUGAAAAUCAAAAGGGUACUGGUAUUUCCAAGAGAGUAUUCAACACAUUGGCAACUAAUGAAGAACAACAAGAAGAAAAUACACAAGAAGAAGAAGGUCAACAAGAAGAAGAAAAAUAUGAAAAUGAUGUUGAUGAGCAGGACGAGGACGAGGAAGAAGAAGAAGUAUUAGAUGAAACGAUGCAAGCAGUUGAAGAUUCUAACAAUGCUGCAGCCUCGAAUUUUGCUACACAAGAAAUUGAAUCUGACAACGAAGAUUGUUAUGAAUUUCCAAGAGACGAGGCAGAUGUCAUUUCAUCUGAUGACGAAACAGAUGAAAGUAGUGAACCAUCAUCGAGUCAAGGUUUCAUCAUUGAACAUGUUGAUGCUCUUCUGGCUAGAUGUCGAAAACUAGUAAAUAUGAUUAACAAAUCUAGCAUCCUAUAUGAAACAAUUCAAACGUUGGCACGACCAGAGGUCAAGGUGGAUUUAGUUGUUGAUAUGAUUAUUAGAUGGAAUAGUACUUACAAAAUGUUAUCUCAUUUUCUUAAAUAUAAAUCAAUUUUACCUAUCUUUAUGGAUGAAUUAUUAUCAAACAAAAGUGUUUCAGCCAAGAAGCGAAAUUUAUUAAUGAAUUUGCAACCCACCGAUGAAGAAUGGAACAUUCUUAGUACAUUGUCUGAAUGUCUUUCGGUUUUUGCAGAUGCAUCUGAAAUGUUAUCCGGUAGCAGCUAUCCAUCUUUCGCUUUACGUUAUCCUAUUCUCGACUCAAUUCGAUAUUAUUUAAAUACUAAAAGUAACAGUCAUAUGGAACAAGUUAUUAAAAGUGAACUAAAGAAUAAAUUUAAAUUUUAUAUGGAACAUUCUAUUAGCUCCGAAGAACAUAAACUUCUAUUGAUAAAAGAUUUAAAUACAGAUCGUAUUGGACAAUGCUAA